AUGCUUAGAGAGCACCCUACUCAAUUUGAUUUUGGUCGGGGAGGGCCUAACUUCAAUCCAUACAACAUUGCGUUACAAGCGAUACAAACUGUUGGCUGGAAUGAGACCUUCUAUGAAGUGCAUAGAGAAUCGGGUGACUGUAGGGGCAAACCCGCACUCCGGGCCGCUUUGGCCCAACUUUUCUCGGCUUUAAUGAAGCAAACAAUAAAUGCUGACAAAGAGAUUGUGGUGACAAACGGCGCGUAUCAGGGCUUGUAUUUAGCCAUCAAAAGUUACAUUAAACCCGGAGACGAAGUGAUACUUUUUGAGCCAUUUUACAAUAUAAUCGUUGAUAUAUUGGCAUUGAGACAAGCGGUUCCAGUGUACGUACCUCUUAGGACAAGUGAUGGCCAAACGGCCCGACAAUCAAACGAUUUAACGUUUGAUAGGAAAGCUUUGGAGGCGGCCUUUACUAAUAAGACUAAAAUGUUAUACAUUAAUAACCCGAAUAAUCCCAUCGGAAAGACCUUCACCGAAGAGGAGCUGUUAUUUAUCGGACAAUUGUGCGAAAAACAUGAUGUGAUUAUACUGGCGGACGAAGUUUAUCAGUUGCACAUAUAUGACAGUGAUUCACAUAUAAGAAUCGCAACUUUGCCGGGAAUGUGGAAACGGACGAUAACUGUAAGCUCUGGCGGAAAGUUGUUUAACCUAAACGGUUGGCGCGUCGGUUGGGUUAUCGGACCCGAAGACCUACUGUGGUCUAUACGGAUGGGAUUGUAUUACUCAAUCCAAUCGGUGUCGCGGGUCAGCCAACAGGUGCUGACGAGUGUCAUAGAAAUUGAAAAUCAAAGACUAAACUCCAAGGAUUCGUAUUUCAGUUACCUUUCAAAGGAAUCGUUGUCCAAAAGGGAUCGCUUUAUGUCUGCGUUUGAGGGGACGGGCGUUGAUAUAAUCAAACCAAACAGUGGUAUCUAUUUAUUCGCCAACUUUUCAAAUGUUAUCAACAAAAUUGAUUUGUCUUCAGAAAAGGAUACUAAACGGGGAUUGCGUUUGACUUAUUGGUUACUCAAACAAAAGAAACUAGGCACUUUCCCGGGAGAUAGUUAUUACAGCAAACAAAACAAACAUUUGGCUGAAUAUGUUGUGAGAUAA